AAUGCCUGUUGAACGAGAGAGCUGGCAGAUCCAGCCCCACUGUCCCCAGUAAGGCUUAAGGGAAACGUGGGCAGGGCAACUGUAGACACAGUUUCCUUUAGCAACGCAGAGUGAACCUCAGACAAACUCUUCACUUGUGUCUGGUUUAAAUCUCCCCCAGGCUUCAGUCCAGGCCCUGAAUGGCCGGUCUCCAGCUGGCGCUAGUCUGCCUGUGGACGUAUGCUCCCACACAACAAAACGGAAGCUCCAGGGCUCCACUCAGCCAAGCAAGACCCCUAUGAACAAGGUGACUCCUCCCAGCAGUCCUCCAUGGGGCACCUGAGGAACAAUUUCCAGCAGAAGCUUUUGAGCAACAAAGAGCUGAUGCUGGAUAACAUCUACACUCACCCAAAAUGGAACACCAGCACAAAGGCCCAGAGCUCCUCCUUUCCCCACUGUGCUAGAGUCGGCCAGCAGAACCCAGGAAGCCAUCCCCAGGGCCACGGAAAGGGUUUGCUUUAUCCAACUGGCCCUCAGUCCCGGCAAGCCAAAACAAAUAACCAGGGUUUCAUUCCCUUUCCAAGAAAACGAGUGGGGGUGGACCGCGCAUACCCCCUGAAACCUGUGGUCCACCGGAAAUCUCAUGGUACCUGCGAGGCUGGCGUUGAUGGGAACCAGAAUGUCCACCCAAGACGCCCUGAGCCAAGAGAGUUUUCAUAUAGCAACUUUGGUUCGAGGAGCCGGGUAAAAGCGUCAUCUGGAGUUGGUUCUGUUCUGGGCAUGGCAAACCUUGACAGGUCAGAGUGGAUGCAGAUCCGAAGACUAGAAGCCACAGGGGAGAGCUUAGAGGAGGAAAUCCGAAGAAAGGAGAUUCUCCUGAGGGAAAAGCUGAAGAAGACAGAGGGGGAACUCAGAAGGAUCCAGAAGGAAAAGGAGCAGGCAGAGGAAAAUGAAAACCGAGAGCUACAGGGCAUGAGACUUCCCAGGAGGAGAACUAAAGGUGGUAACAGCAACAUCACAUACAAACCCAUCUUCUCCCCAGAGCUUGUGUCUGAGGAGGUGUUCAGUAGAGACUGGAAAGAGGAUGACACCUGGGGACAGUCUCAAGAAAAUUCCAGUCCAUUCCAGUUUGAUUAUGGAAUCCAGAGGCUCAAAAGGAAAAGUCUGGUGGCACGCAGUGACAAAAUCCAAGGCCGAGUCUCGGAGCCAUCCAUGGAGAAGCUCUCCCAGCCUUCAGAAGCACUGGGCGGUGCUCCACAGGGACCAGCCAGAAGUUCCAGCCUGUCCAGGGCACCAGACUCCUCGGGGUCCAGCGACUCCGCAGAAGAGCCAGCGCUGGGCGAGUGCAGCCACUGUGGGCGCAGGUUCCUCUUGCUCAGGCUGGAGAGACACUCCAACAUCUGUGGCAGGAUGUGGGGUUCCAAGAGGAAAGUGUUUGACUCCUCCAGGGCCCGGGCCAAGGGCACAGAACUCGAGCAGUACUUGAAUUGGAAGGGACCAGCUUCAGUCAAGGCUGACCCUCCUCGGAAGAGUAACUGGAGACAGAAACACGAAUCUUUUAUCCGCACCCUCCGCCAGGCUCGAGAGGUCCAGCAGGUAAUUGCCAAAGGUGGAAACCCCUCAGACUUGCCUCCCAUCCUGCCUGCAGAAAAUCCAGACUACAUUCAGUGUCCUCACUGUAGCCGCCGCUUUGCUCCCAAGGUGGCUGAGCGACACAUUCCCAAGUGUAAGACCAUCAAGAACCGUCCUCCACCUCCAAGGAAGCCUCACAGCUGAGCAGACAACAGCGGAAACCUCCCUGGAUAGCUCAGGAGCUCUGCUUCCCUUCAGCAGUAAA